UCUUUUAUGUAAUCUGCAUAGUUGAUAGAAAUGGUUUCUAAGUUGUAGUAUAAGAGCUUAUUAAAAUGCAGAUGCUCAGAAGAAGUACCAAGGAUUUGAUUAAGUAGGAACUGGGCCUAAGAGUGUGCAAUUAAGAACACAAAACCUACAAGUUGUCCUAAGACUAUAUUUAAGAAACAAUGGCUUAUAUUGACGUAAUUAUUACCUUUAAGAAAGAAUUCUGAGAUGGCAUAACUGGAGUGAUACCUUGAAAGUAGAACUGCAUUUCUGUGGUCAUAACUGAGAAAGACAUUUACUUCAGGAUAAAAUCAACAUGUGGCCAAACAGCAGCUCUGGUUCCUACCUGUUGACUGGUUUUCCAGGCUUGGAGACAUCUCACCACUGGAUUUCUACUCCCUUCUUUUUUGUCUAUAUCUCUGUCUUUUUUAGCAAUGGCACCCUUCUCCUUCUCAUCAAGGAAGAGCACAAUCUUCAUGAGCCCAUGUACUACUUCCUGGCCAUGCCGGCAGCCACAGACUUAGGGCUGACCUUAACCACGAUGCCCACAGUGCUGGGAGUCCUCUGGUUGGAUCACAGGGAGAUAGGAAACAGGGCCUGCUUUUCCCAAGCCUACUUUAUACAAUCACUUUCCUUUGUAGAGUCUGGUGUUUUGCUUGCCAUGGCCUAUGACCGCUUUAUUGCCGUCUGCAAUCCCCUUAGAUACACCUCCAUCCUCACCAAUACUAGAGUGGUGAAGAUUGGACUGGGAAUUCUGAAGAGGGGAUUUGUAUCUGUCAUUCCCCCAAUCAUGCCCCUCUAUUUUUUCCCCUAUUGCCAGUCCCACAUCCUUUCCCAUGCAUUCUGCCUUCACCAGGAUGUCAUCAAACUGGCCUGUGCGGACAUUACCUUCAAUCGUUUGUAUCCAGUUGUACUUGUGGUCCUCAUAUUUGUGCUGGAUUCUCUGACUAUCCUCAUCUCCUAUGUGUUGAUACUCAAGAGUGUCAUGAGCAUUGCCUCCAAAGAGGAGAGAUCCAAGGCCCUCAAUACCUGUGUCUCUCAUGUCUGCUGUGUCCCUAUGUCUGCUGUGUCCUGAUGUUUUUAUGUCACAGUGAUUGGAUUGUCUCUGAUUCUUCGGUCUGGGAAGCGGGUUCCACAUGUUGUCCACCUUAUUAUGAGUUAUGUCGAUUUUCUGUUCCCUACAUUAAUGAACCCUAUAAUCUAUAGUGUCAAGACCAAGCAGACCCAGCAUGGCAUUUUCCAUUUUUUUACUACCUAUAGAGUUGGAGCUUGA